AUGCAGAUGAUGAAGCGGUCACGAAGGAAUCAUGAGAAAGAACACCCUGAGCCUGAGGGAGGAUGGACCACUACUGGGAAUGAAGCGGACUCCGACUGCAGCGUCCUGCGUCUUCCAGAGGCAUGCCUCGCUCAUGUCAUCUCCCUGACGACUCCCACAGAUGCGUGCCGUUCCUCAGCCGUAUCUACUGCCUUCCAAGCAGCAGCGAGCUCUGAUCCGGUGUGGGAACGCUUCCUGCCUCCUGACUACAGAUCGAUUAUUUCUCGCGCCGACCAUCCUGUAGAUUUGACGACCAGCAAAAAAGAGCUGUUCCUCAGCCUCGCUGAAGACCAUAUCCUCGUCGACCAAGGCACUAAGAGCUUUUGGUUGGACCGGACAAGCGGCGCCAAAUGUUACAUGCUAUCAUCACGAUCAGUACACAUUACAUGGGGUGAUUAUCCCUUAUACUGGAGACGGAUCUAUUUGCCCGAUUCCAGGUUUGAAGAAGUAGCUGAGCUCAUCGCCGUCUGCUGGCUUGACAUAGCCGGCAAUAUUGAGCGCACGGAGCUCUCUCCCAACACAAAAUACGCAGCCUACCUCGUGUUCAGAUUGGCAGAUGAAUCAUACGGCCUUGACUGCCCAACGCAAGAGGCACGUAUCGCUACGGGCGAUCAGGUUGCAACGCGUAGGCUCUCUAUGUACCCACGCACGACGCAAGCAAGAGAGGGCGAGCAAGGAGGACGGGCUGAAGACGAGAGUACCGUGAGCUACCCAAGAGAAAGGGAAGACGAUUGGAUGGAGGCAGAGCUGGGGGAGUUCUACAACCACCAAGGGGACACGGGGGUGGUCGGCUUCAGUCUCGUAGAGCACGUACAGCUCCACUGGAAGAAAGGCCUUAUGUUGGAGGGAAUCGAAAUAAGACAGAAGAAUUAA